AUGACCCUUACUGAUUUUUUAAUUCCCGCGGUUCUCGAUCACGCUCAGCAUGCUGAGGAAUUUGUUUUCGAAUCACGAGAUGAAUGCAAAAGCUUCUGGAAACAGUGCAUAGAACACCAUGCGUUCUUUCGAUGUCAGGCUGUGAAGAAACCACCAAAUCGGAGAGGUCGCAUGGUUUCGAAAGGCUCUUCUUUUCGCUACACAGGUCGAACACAAAAGCAACUAAUCGAAUACGUGCGCGAAAAUUAUGUGAAGAUGCCUCCUUUCGAACGAUCCUCGUCCACAGGUCGUGUUUUCAGUACACAGAUACCGCCUUCUCUAAUGGCUGGAUUGCAGCUCAAUCAGAGUGCUAUGGUUGUUGGAGCUGGCACUGGACUUCGUGGGGACACAGGGGUACAGUCGGAUCUAGGUCCAACCACUCGCUUAAUCACUCAAGUUCGACCACAAACCGAUCCAGCUCAGCGGAAUCAUCUCACUGAUAGUCAGCUGUCUCCUGAUACAAAUGGUCGAUCACUUGCCAUGGGUAUUCCCGUUCUGAGCGACCAACAGCUUCCUGGUGGUGGCCGUCAAACCAUACACGGCAUUUCGAUUCGACAACGCAGAAGUUGUUCGAUGGCCAGUGAUGUGCCAAUGUCCGGUACACUGCCUCGUGGUGCUUACCUCUUGUCCGCAACCGGUACCGCCAGUUCGGGAAGCUACACGAUGAACAGUUCUCUUUCCGCUGAUUCUCCGGCACAGUCAAACAGUUCCGCGGGGAGUCCUCAAGCAGAUCGAAAACCGACAACUUUACCCGAUUAUCCGGCUCAUUUUGUGAUGCCAAGUCAAUUACGAAUGCAAGAUUUGACUCUACGCCCAUUGUCUGUGGCAAGUUUGGGUCCCAUUGGAACAUUGCCUCCGGGAACAGUUCCAUUUACACAGGGUACAUGGCGUACAGCUAUGUCAAGACCAGCCAGCCCGAAUCCGCCGGGAGUCCUUCUCACACAACAACCCGGCGGUCGUCCCUUGGGUGUUGCUGUUUUACCCACUGAUCCAUACUCCACUAUGCAAGCCUCUCUGUUGGUCAAUCCACAGUCAGUCUCCCAGUUAGGUGGUCUUCCCGUCCUGGCCGUUGGUUCCAGUGCUAAUGCGACCACAGGUCCGAAUCCAGCCACAGUUGCCUCCGUCAACGCCCGCAUUUCACCUGCACCGACAGCAUUCUCUGUGGCUGGGGCCUCAGCUCAAUCCAUUCGCAAUCUCAGAUUGCCAAGUGAUCCAUCACUGGCAGAUCCCUCCCGUCUGGGAUCCGCACGCCUCAAACUACCCCCGGGAUACGCAUUGUUGGCUGGAACUGCACCGGGCACAAUGGGUGGUCGCAUCAUCUACAUUGAUCGCAAUACCGGAAGGGUAACUAAAUGUCAUUGUUGA